GCAAACAACAGGGGUGAAGAAUCUGCGAUUGUUCACAUUUCCAUUGAUUGGUUUAAAAAAAUAUUGCAUUAAUAAACCAGCAAUUGCCAACACAUUUGUUUGUGCUUCUUAAAGGGAAAGUGAUAUGAGGAGUGACGGCGGUCCCUAGGAGUUUAGGAAAGGAAUGCCACCCUACCCUACCUCACACCCCUGCUUCCAUUCAUCCACUCACUGCAGUAAUUCAUGCAAGAGCGGAGAGAGGCAGCAUGAAGUCCACUUCCAGCUACUUGCACUUGUUCUGUCUAACCGGCCCACUGAAGUGUUUGCAGCCAUGGGGAGAACUCUGAAGUCUGUUUACCUCCUUCCACUCUUCAUUUUGACUGAUGUAUCUGGCUUAAACAUCCGAAACAAGCUGCUGGGCACAUGCCUUCAAGUGGAGGACAGUUUCCCUGGAGGGAGGGUCUCGCUGGGACAAUGCGACCCACAUUCAGCCUUCCAAGAAUGGCUGUGGUUGCCUGAGAGCCAGGCCCUUAGCAACCACUACACCGGCGAGUGUCUGACCGCUCCCCGGGAGCAGUUUGAGGGCGUCCACCUGCAACCCUGCCACCUUCAAAACGGAGAGGCCCGGGGCCAGUUCUCAGCCGCGUCAGAGGUGGAUCGCGAUGCAGGUAGCCAGCAAUGGUCCUGUUCCAAAAAAGGCCACCUGACUUUGCUCGGUAAGGGGCUGCACCUCAGUGCGACGCAAGAUUCCACUUUGGUCUUCCUAUCACAGGACCAUAAACAGCAGGGCAGCAGGUGGAAGACGCUGGACAACCAGACACUGUGUGAUGGGAGGGACGCCAAACACCAUCAGCACCAAAACCACCAACCACACCACCACCCUCCAUUAAAAUCAAUGGAACCGAUCCUGUCUGAUAUGGACAGACAAGCAUAUGAAGCUACAUUUAAUGAUGGAGUCACAGAAAAUAUUUCAGAUGUUUUUUCCCAAAGCACAAAAUCCCCUGAGGAUCCUACCAUGGUUUUCUUCACUAUGGACUAUGGCAUGAGCUGGAAAAUAACCAUGUUGGUUUUAAGCUCCUUGGCUCUGGUGCUUGGGACUGUCAUUCUUAUUUUCAACGUUUAUUCCAAUAGAAGGAAGAAGGUGGUGUGUGUUUUGAAGUCGUACGCUCCAAGACCGGAGGCGGGCAUUCCGGGGUCCCCCGUGCCCUGCGAGAGAGCCCCGUUAACAGAGCACGCCAUGCGCCAUCCGCUCUCCUCCCCUACUAUGCAGAGAGGAGAAAUCCUGAUUGAGUGGAAAGAUGGCACAGUCACUCCAUUGUAUGAAGCCUGAAGUGCAGUCAUCACAGUGAACUGGCAACAGAGGCCGCGGAAAUGUCAUUUUGGGCAAAUUGUAGUUCGGCAUUAACAUUUUUUAUCUUUUUACAUAGCUCGUGCAUUUUUACUGCACUUUUUUUUUGCAAAUGAAGUUUGUACAGUUCUAAGAUUUCAUGUCAAGCGUGUAGAACAUGAAUUCUUAAGUAUAGCCUAAAUAAAGAAAGGAGUUUCUGUUAGUUCAGCUUUAACAUGUUUAGUUAAGGAUUUGUUUUUGGGGGCUCAAAAAUAAAAGUCCUGUAACUUCAAAAAGAAAAUAGAACAUGAUCUGAAUCUAUUAAAACCACUGACUUUGCAGGUUAUUUUUUGUACAUUUAUUAAAGAUUCGUUUGCACAUACAGAAGACGAAUGGCCAAAUAUUGCGUGUGCGUGUUAGACAAAGCACAAUUCAAGUUUGAACACAAAGCCAUUAAAUGUUUACCCAUGCCUGCUCCAGUUAGUUAAGGAAUAGCAUGAAAUAUCUGAAGAGCACAACAUCAGCCUGUAGCAUGGAAAAUUCACAGCAGGUCUUAUUUUUCCCUUCACUUUUGGGGGUUGGAGUGCUGCUGGGAGUGUUAAAUCACUUGCAUGUCAACAACAAUCAGCAGAUGUGCGUUUGGAGAAGCCAAAGCAGCAUUGCUUUUUGCUCAUUUGUUCAAAUCAACCUUGAGGGCUUACUUUUCAUAUUAUUUCUUGGCGUUAGGAUACAAAUAGUGCAUGCAGUUUUUAAACUAAUGACAGGGAGCCGAAUUGAAUAAAUUGCAAAGUGCACCGCCGCAUGCCACGCCGACGCAAACCACUUCUGCAUGUUUGGGAAAAACAAGUUUUUCUUAUGCUUAGCGUCAUUUCUUCAUUCAAUCAUCCGAACCGCAUUUACUGAAUAGAUCAAGUGAGAUCAUGUCCAAGUGGUUGACUUUUAUUGCCUUAAAAGAUCUCAAAAGGUUAGUUACCUAAAUGAUGUUCUGCUAAGCUGUCUUCAUAUCCGUUUAAAUUGACGUGCGUUCGGUCUCCUGAAGGAUCUUCCUGUCAUGACGUCAGAAGUCUAAAUGCAUUUUUUUUUUUUUUGCAAGAAUUAUUUGCAUUGUCUAUUUCCCACGGCUAUGUCCAAAUAUUCACUUUAUAGUCCCCCACAAAUCAGAUGCGUGUCAUGGCUAAGCGGCGCAUUAAGAUCUCGACUAUUUAGUUCCUGCUAUAAUAAACUUUUGAAUGAACGUCCAUGGUCACUACAAGUGCAUUGCGGGUAAUUUGAAGUGCCCUAUAUAUAAGGUACAGGUGUCAAACUCAAGGCCCGGGGUCCAGAUAUGGCCCGUCACAUUCUUUUAUGUGGCCCGCGAAGACAAAUUGUGCAUCAAAUUCGUGUCAUUACUAGAAUUGCAAAUUGUCUUCACUUUUAAUUUUUUUUUUUUU